GAAAUUGCGUUUUUUUUUUUUUUUUUUCAUUUAAACCAAAACGGCAUGUCAGGCACAGAAUAGAAAGAGUUCGUCUGGAGUUUUAGCAAGAUGUUAGAGGGAUAGACUUUCAGAAAAUAUGUCCGAACUGACGGGGGGAGGUGGUGGUGGUGGGGGAAAUAAUGGAGCAACAACGGAACUUACAUUGACAGCUAACGUGAAUGUAAAGUCUCUGGCUUAGCUCGCUAACGACGAGCUGUGUUUGAAGUUCAGGGACCGACCGAGCGACCGAGCUGUGUUGGAACAGAAGCAGCCCCCGCACCUCACAGGGCAACAGGCAGAGCAAACUGAGUGAUUGGAUAUUGGAUCUUAGCAUCUCAUGGCCUGUAUUAUGCUGACAGACAUGGACCCACCCACCUCCAGUCCAACAGCACAUCACAAUGGCCAACUUGACCCAUUGGCUGGACUCGAGCUCAAGCAGGACAAGGACACCAUUUGCCUCACUCUCCACCUGUACUAUCAAGGGAAGGGUGGUGAAGGGGAUGAGGUCAACAGUUCAGAAGGAGCCCUCACGUUUCCAGCUGGGGAGUAUGUAGCAGAGGAACUAUGCAUCAGUGCGGCGAAAGCAUGUGGGAUUGCUCCAGUGUACUGCAGCUUGUUCAGCCUGAUGAGGGAGAGUGACCGAAUAUGGUUCCCUCCAAAUCACAUCUUUAAACUGGACCAGCCAGCCAGUGAGAAGCUGCAUUUCAGAAUCAGAUACUAUUUUCCUGGCUGGUAUAACAGUAGCAAUUCAAUGUAUGCCCACCGCUGUGGCAUGACCAAAGGGAGGGAAAGCCCUGUGAUGGAUGAUUGUGUCAUGGCUUACCAAUUUUUCCAGUGGCGCAGUGACUUCCUGAAUGGAUUGGUUCAUAUUCCAGUGAGUCAUGAAGCCCAGGAGGAAUGUCUGGGCAUGGCGGUGCUGGACAUGAUGAGGCUCGCCAAAGAGAGUGGUCAGUCACCAGUGAACAUCUGCAGUGAUACCAGCUAUAAGUCCUUCCUGCCAAGAUGCAUGCAAAACCGCAUCCGGGAAUAUAACAUCUUGACUCGGAAAAGGAUCCGCUACCGCUUCCGCAGAUUCAUCCAGCAGUUCAGCGAAUGCAAAGCAACAGCGUGUAACCUCAAGCUCAAAUACCUGAUGAGCCUGGAGAUGCUGCUGCCCACUCUCUAUUCCGAGCACUUCCAAGUCACUGCCCUCUCGGCAGAGGAGGUUACCAUCGUCGUCAUGGGCAACAAGGGCAUCCAGUGGUCAAAAGGGAAAAAGGAGGCGGGGGCAGAGGAGGAGCUGCAGACAUACUGUGACUUCCCAGAGGUGAUUGACAUCAGCAUCAAGCAGGCAAACAAGGAAGGAUCUGUGGAGAGUCGUGUAGUAACCCUGACCAAACAGGACAACAAGAUCCUGGAACUGGAGUUUCAUUCGCUCUCGGAGGCCUUGUCAUUCGUGUCAUUAGUUGAUGGGUAUUACAGGCUUGUUGCAGAUGCGCAUCAUUACCUGUGUAAAGAAGUAGCUCCACCCAGACUCCUGCAGUGCAUUCAGAGCUACUGCCACGGACCUGUGUCGAUGGAGUUCACAAUUGGCAAGCUGCGUCGCUCUGGUAACCACCAAGGCCUGUACAUCCUCCGCUGCAGCCCCAGGGACUACGACAAGUACUUCAUGUCUUUUGUGGUCGGAUAUGAAGCCAUGGUGGACUACAAACACUGUCAGAUUGUGAAGACGGAGGCGGGAGAGUACAUUCUGAGCGGUGCCAAGAGGAGCUUCGGCUCACUAAGGGAACUUCUGCACUGCUACCAAAAGGAGGCGCUCCGCACUGAUGGAUACACAUUCCAGCUGAUCAGGUGCUGUCCCCCCACCUCCAAAGAUAAAUCGAACCUGCUGGUGUUCAGAAACAAUCAAGGGGAAGAGGUUCCGCUGUCCCCCUCGCUCCACAAACACAACAUCAGCCAGAUGGUCUUCCACAAGAUCCGAAAAGAGGACCUCGUCAUUAAUGAGAGUUUGGGCCAAGGAACAUUCACCAAGAUCUUCUGCGGGGUGAAGAAGGAGCUGGGAGACUACGGAGAAAUACACCAAAUAGACGUCGUUAUUAAGAUCCUGGACAAGGCUCACCGCAACUAUUCAGAGUCUUUCUAUGAAGCAGCCAGCAUGAUGAGCCAGCACUCGCACAAACACUUACUUCUCAACUAUGGCAUGUGUGUGUGUGGCGAUGACAACAUGAUGGUGCAGGAGUACGGUAAAUUUGGGUCGCUGGACACCUACCUGAAAAAGAAUAAAAGCUGUGUUAACAUCACCUGGAAGCUGGAAGUGGCUAAGCAGCUAGCCUGGGCAAUGCACUAUCUGGAGAAUAAGAACCUCAUUCAUGGAAAUGUUUGUGCUAAGAAUGUUCUUUUGAUCAGAGAGGAGGAUCGGAUGACGGGCAGUAUGCCCUUCAUCAAACUCAGUGACCCGGGUAUCAGCAUCACCGUGCUGCCUAGAGAAGUUCUGAUGGAGCGUAUCCCAUGGGUGCCACCUGAGUGCAUUGAAAACGUCCAAAACCUGAGUUUAGCCACAGACAAGUGGGGCUUUGGGACCACCCUUUGGGAGAUCUGCAGUGGUGGAGACAAACCGCUCAGCACCUUGGACUGCUCCAAGAAGAACUUGUUCUACGAGGACCGCCAUCAGCUGCCUGCUCCUAAAUGGACAGAGCUGGCAAAUCUUAUCAACAGCUGUAUGGACUACGAGCCCUCACACCGACCCUCCUUCAGAUCAGUGAUCAGAGAUCUUAACAGCCUCUUCACACCGGACUAUGAGCUGCUGGUCGAGAGUGACAUGGUGCCCAACAGGUCGAGAGGCUCUGGCUUUCCAUGGGCCUCAGAGAGCCAGGAGCCGGCCCAGUUUGAGGAGCGCCACCUCAUCUUUCUCAAGCAGCUGGGAAAAGGGAACUUUGGCAGUGUGGAGAUGUGCAGAUACGACCCUUUGCAGGACAGCACUGGGGAGGUGGUGGCGGUGAAGAAGCUGCAGCACAGUACAGCUGAGCACCUCCGGGACUUUGAGCGGGAAAUCGAGAUCCUCAAAUCCCUCCACCAUGAAAACAUCGUCCAAUACAAAGGAGUCUGCUACAGUGCAGGACGAAGGAACUUGCGACUGAUCAUGGAGUAUCUCCCCUACGGCAGCCUCAGAGAUUAUCUCAUCAAACACAAGGACCGCUUUGAUUACAAGAAGCUGCUGCACUAUGCAUCACAGAUUUGCAAGGGAAUGGACUACCUAGCAGUAAAGCGAUACAUCCACAGAGAUCUGGCCACUCGAAACAUCCUAGUGGAGAGCGAGACGAGGGUGAAAAUUGGAGAUUUUGGACUAACCAAAAUGCUGCCGCAGGACAAAGAGUACUACACAGUGAGAGAGCCUGGGGAGAGCCCGAUCUUCUGGUAUGCGCCGGAAUCGCUGACAGAGAGCAAGUUCUCUGUGGCUUCAGAUGUUUGGAGUUUUGGUGUUGUCCUCUUUGAACUCUUCACUUACUGCGACAAGAACUGCAGCCCACCAGCGGUGUUUAUGAACAAGAUGGGAAAUGAAAAACAGGGUCAGAUGAUUGUAUACCAUCUGAUCGACCUGCUCAAACAGGGAUACAGACUCCCUGCUCCGGAUAACUGUCCAAAGGAGAUUAACAACAUGAUGACAGAGUGCUGGAACAGUGAACCCAGUCUGCGCCCGACUUUUAAGACAUUAACCGACAGUGUGGAGACUGUACGAGAAAGCAUGAGCGACAUUGAUCCCUGAAACUUUGACCUUGAGGGGCUGACGUCCAGGGGUCCGUCCUCAGAUAACAACAGAACAAUGAAUAUCUUUACAAAGUCUGAUUUUGCUGCUCUCAGUUGUGGGAUGUACAUUGUUUUUGUGUGUGUGUGUGCUACAUCAGUCUAAAAUGCAUUGAUAUUGAAACAAGGAUGAUUAUGGAAAUACUAAGCAUCCAUACAUUUUAUUCACUCCAAUUUCCUGUGAUAACGAGAAAUUCUGAGUUGUUUUCUUUACAAAUGUACCCCAUUAGUGUAGGCAAUAGCAAUCCGUUAUAAUGGGACAAAUGAGUGUGCUAUAUCGAGAUCAAGAAGUUGAGAUCCUGAGAAAACAGCCAGUGGUGAUUUCUACUUUCUUUCUCUGCAGUUUACCCUUUUUUUUUAUUUACUGGCACAUUCAAUAUACAAAUGAUCUACCGUAAUUAGUUUGUACACUACAUCUGAGAUAGUUUCUCCUGAAACCUUUAAGAACAUUAUAUCAUUAUAAUUUGUUGUGUGUUAUUGUACAUAAUGUGUUUCAAAAUGAACUGGAUGGCAGUCAUUAACCAGAAAAUGAGUUCCUUUUAUAAGAACAUAUGAUCCACUCUGCUUUGAUGAACAUGUGCUGAAUGUUUGAGUGUCAAGGUCAUACUGGUUCAAAAAUGAAUGUAAGCCAGUUCAUGGUUUUGUCCCUUUAUUGUUGUAAAAUAAGAAAUGUAUUUUGUAACCAGUGUGGCCUCAUGGGUCAGAAUGUUAGCCGUCUCAGUGUUCACCUGAAGUGAACAUAACGGCACUGCUCAAGUGAAAGGAAACCUCUGAGGAGAACUGAGCAGGACACCUUCUGGUCCUCUUUUCUUGGCAUUUUAAAGACUGAAUAAAAGGCGCCACACCCAUCACAAGAGGAUCCACUGAACUUUUUCAUUUUUGUAACUUACCAAGGACUACAUAUUUGAAUCAUUUCAACAAUAACUCCUCAGGCAUCAGUGAGAAAUAAGCAUCUUGUCAUUCUUGUUUUUGAGGAACCAGCUCUGAAAAUGAUGUUGCCUUCUUUUUACUAAGUAACCUGUAUAUCAUUUGUAAAUACACCAUGGAGUUUUUAAAAGUGUUUUUUUUUACAAGAUCUAUACUAUGUGCAAACAGACUGGUAAUGGGAAGAGUGUUAUUGUUUAGGAAAUGUUUUUUUUUAUACUGCUUUAGUUUUUUUCUACAUCAUUUAAACCUUUAAUGACUUCUGCUCUUGUCCUUCCUUUCCCCUGGGUUCAUUUAAAGAUGUAUGCAGUUUGUUUACAAAGGAGUGUGUGUGUGUGUGUUGGUUGCAUCACAUUGUCAGCAAUAAAUGUAACAGUGGGU